AUUCUGAGUUGCCAGUGGUCGGGGCGGUCCUGGUGGGCACCGGUUCUGUGCCCUCCCUGCAUCGCGGCCGAUGCCCGGGGGCCGCGGGCGGGGUCUGGGCGUGUCCGGAUGGGGGCGUGGCGGGGCGCAUCCCCUAAAAUCCCGCAGCUCGGUGGGGCGGCGGGGGCCAUGGGGGCGAGGGGCGCGCGCGUGGCCCUGUGCGGCGUGGCGCUGCUCUGCGCGCUCGGCCUGGGCGAGCGCCCCUCGGGUCCGAACUGCGGCCCCGGCCGCCUGCUGCGAGGAGCCGGGACGGACGCGCGCUGCUGUCGCCUGUGCUCCGCGGCUGAGGAGGUUUGUCCCGAGGGGGACUGCACAUGUGUCCAGCCGGAGUUCCACUGUGGAGACCCCCAGUGUGACACCUGCAAACACCACCCCUGCCCGCCCGGCCAGGAGGCGCAGCCACGUGGGAAUUUCAAUUUCGGCUUUGAGUGUGUUGACUGUGCCACAGGGACCUUCUCUGGGGGCCGUGAGGGCCGCUGCAAACCCUGGUCAGACUGCUCCCAGUUUGGGCUUCCCACCAUGUUCUCUGGGAACAAAACACACAAUGCCGUAUGUAGCCUGGGGCCGCUGCCCACUGAGCCACACGACCCCCUGACCAUCGUCCUCCUCACCGUGGCCACCUGCAUCCUGGUCCUGACUGCAGCCCAGCUUGGCCUGCACAUCUGGCAGCUGAGGAGGCAGCGCAUGUGGCCCCCAGGUCGAGACCCAGCUGCUGCUGGAGGCACGGCCGCCAGCCGAAGACGCCUGCAGCUGCCAGUUCCCCGAGGAGGAGCGCGGGGAGCAGCUGUCUGAGGACAAGGGCCAGCUGAGGGACCUGUGGGUGUGAGGCCUGGCUGUCCUCUGCCACAGCGGACCCAGAGCCAGACCUUCCCGGGAGGCUGCCCAGGGCUGACUCUCGGGAGCAAGAGCUCUGCACCCUGCUGUGGGACCCCAGCUCCAGGCCCGGCCCUGCUCCCCUCGAUGGCGGAAGUGGGUGUGCGUGGUGACAGUGACCGGUCCCCCAGACCAUGCAGAAGAGGCAGCAGCCAUGGCCAGACCCCAUGGGAGAUACAGACACAGCCACGUCUGCCUCCCUCCCUCCCUUGCUGGCCCUGUUGGGGUGGGGUCUCUGGGCCCCUGGCUCCCAGGACAGGAGGCCAUGCCCAGUGCAGGACCUAGCUACAGGCAGUGCUCAAUAAACACUUGUCCAGUGACCUGAGUGGACGUGAUCGGGGAUGGGGGGACAGGGAGACGAGGCCUCCCCUACCAGUACCCUCAGUCGCCUUCCAGCCUAGGCAGGGCUGGGGGUGGGGCCAUUCCCAGGCAUGAGCACUUAGCAGGGGCCGUGGGACUUGGAAGGCUUCCCGGAGGAGGGGCACCAUGAUGGACACUUGCCCUCUGUGCCUCUUUGCUGCCCUGUCCAAAACCCCUCCCCUGGUAGUCAGCCUGGCACUUUGGGACAGCUGGGUUCUGUGUCCAGUCUCUGGGCCACUGCUGCUCCAGACUCUGGGCCGGUCACACAGCCUGCUGGCCUCUGUGGGGUGCCUGUCUCUGUCAUUCUGGCCCGAGUCCAGGGCGGGGUCAGUUUCUACACCCACACCUCGUGGUUGGGAGGGCAGCCCUGGAGUGGCCUGCCCUCGGCCCCCUCCCCGUCUCCAAGCCCUGCGGCCUGCCUUUACCACCUGCUGAGAUCCCUCUCCCUCCGGGGCGUGGUCCCAGGCCCCCACCCAGUGAGGUGAGCAGCCUUCUCCGGGCCUCCUGGCAGGAGCUGCCGGGCGAGGCUGAUAAGGGUUCCUUGGCACAACUGUCCAGGGUGCGGCAGGCGGGCCAGUGGAGGCUGGUCUCAGCAGCAGCGCCUUCAGGUGCCAGCGCAUUUGGCCACCUGCCCGGAGUCCCGAUGCUCCAGCUCCCUGACACCCCCUUCCUACCUGCAUGCUGCCCAGGAGAGUGCCCUCACCCCCACUCAGACCCGAUGGGCAGUGGGCCGGGUGCACCCAGCUCACGGCAAGAAGGUGGUGGAGAGAUCUGCAUGGAUCGCGCCCGGGGGCGUCACCCCCACCCCGCUGCACCCCAGCAUGGCGAAGCCCACUCCUCCCCGUGGAAGGAGGGGCGUGGACAAGUCCUUCGUGAUUUACUCACAUGGGAAACACUCAUGCUCUCCGUGCCCCCUGGCUCCCAGACCCCGGGCACUCCCCGGGAGCCCCAGUCCAGGCGAGGAUCCAGGUGAAUUAGCUAAUAAGUGAGAGAAUGCAGGGGCACUGGCCAGAUGUCAGGGGACAGCGGGAGGUACAGUGCUGGCCAAGUCGGGUGUGUCCCAGGAGGCCCUCUACAGACUUCUCUGGGACCUGCUGGCCACCCCCACCCCCACCCCCCUCCGGUUCUGUCUCCAAGCCAGGCCUCCUGCCCUGCCAAACUCUCCCCAACCCUGCUUCGGGAAGCUAGCUCUCCUCUGGGCUUGCUCUUGUCACUUGGGUCACCUGACUGCCCCGUCCCCACAGGUGGGGUACAUGGGGUGCUCACGGCUGUCCUAGACCCUCCCGAGGUGCUGGUUCAGGCUGCCCUGGGGCAAAGGGUUCCCUGGCCCCGGCUCAGCUAUUCCCAUGAGGGUGGUGGGGGGGGGGGGGGACUCAGGUCGUCUGCAGUCGUGGACGUUCCUGACUGACAGGUUCUGAGGGGCCUCUCUGGUCGCUGACUCAGCAUGGAAACUCCGCGUGGGGGCCCCCCCACUGUGUGAGGCAACAGCGCCCCAACGUCAGCAUGGGGGCGGCACAGAGCAGGGUGGGAGAUUCCGAGGCCCAGGCGGAGUAUGGGGAGGGUGCUGGAUUCAAGCUGCAGCACAAGAGGGUGGGAGCGUGAGGCCUGGCCUGGGGGCUGGGCAGGAGGGGUCUGGCCCUGAAGAUCUUAGGGCUUUGGGGGGGGGCCCAGAGGAACGCUUGUGGGUGCUGGAUUUGUCCCCUUCUCUCCACCUCUCCCCCACCGCCCCUCGCACAGAUACCCCCUGUCUCUCACCCCAGAUCCAUCUGCCCACUCCUGCCCCCCUCCCUCCUUGGAGCCCCCAGAACCCCAUGAUCAAUCAGCAAGCCGCGCUUGGCCCUGAGACACCCCAACUCAGAAGACAGAGCAGGAAGUGGGCAUACGGAAGGGCUCUGUCUCUACGGCUUACAGGACAACUCUUUGGUGAAAGGUUCUGUGCAGGGCCUUGGGGGCACAGGGGCUGGACAGGCAGGCAGAGACCCCGGGGCAUAGGUGUGCAGAAGCCACCAUCGGGGGGCUUAGGUAGGAGAGGACUGGGCAAAUCCAAGUUCUAGGGAUGGAACUGUGGAUGGGCAGUGGGGGAGGGGGAAG